GCCUCUCUCUAUAAUCAGCAGCUUCAUAGAAACAAUGAAAUCUUUGAGCUGGGAAGAUCUUUGACUGCGGUGAGGCUCCUCUGGCACUUACACGCCAGCAUUCAGGUCUCUCUGUGUGUCUGUGUGAGAGAGAGAGAGAGAGGAAAGACACCACACCACACAGGCACAGAGACAGAGCUGGCGGGGUAGAACACGGUAGAGUGUAUUACUGCCAGAGACACACACACACAUAUACGAGAGGUCUUUUGGAGCGAAAUCAUCGAAAAAGCAACGAUGGUGGGCAGCCUGAACCUGCAGGAGGUGACGGGUCCUCUAGUAGAGCCCAAGCGGCUGGGGGAGCGGGUCCUGGAUAGCCCCGACUCUGGGCUUCCCCCCAGCCCCAGCCCCACGCCCAGCGCCUGGUUGCCGUCCCCAGGAGGUGCAGAGAACCGGCUGGCUGAGCAGGAAGACGCCGGCUUCCCACAGAGGAGGGGACAGUCGCUACAAACGGAUGCUCCAGUUACUUCCUCUUUCCUAAUCACAGGGUUUGGGCCAAGGCUGCAUCCACUGUCAUUUGGAGAAGGUGUUGAAGUGGACCCUUUGCCACCAAAGGCGAUUAGGUACACCUCCUCUGUGAAGUAUGAUUCAGACCGACACUAUGUCAAUAAUAUACUCCUGCAGCACACACUGGGUGUUGACUCCUGCAGCCAGACAGUCAUCUGCGUUCCCAAUUGCACAUGGCGGAACUACAAGACGGAGCUGAGAUUUGAGCCGCAACACAAACCGUGGAGGUUCCGCAGCACUAUCAUUGUGUACCCAAAGUAUGCAAAGACAGUCUAUACUACCACUGUGGAUUACAACUGCAGAAAAGCAGCACGGAAAUUCUUGUCCAGUGUGGAACUUGAAGCUACAGAUUACAAUGGCAGUGAAAUGGUGUUCCAGGAUAGCCAGUGACUUAUCUACGGCCUGCUUUUUCUUUCUUUUUGAAAGAGGAUUUUUAAAAAAUCCAAUCUUUCGACUGUCUGAGAGCUUCUUAACUAUGGUGGUCUCUGAAUCUGUUCAAUACUGCCUUUCUUUUGCUCCUUGCAACAUAGUCUACAUUGUGUUUCUUUUUUUUAAUCACAAUAAAGUUUAGGAAUUUCCUCUGA